AUGGCACCCAUACUAAGCGCUCUGGCAACUGGCAUCGGCCUGUUGACCGACAAGUACAUGCUUGGCGCCACCAAUUUUGUCGAGCACUAUGCGCUCGACUUUCACGCAACUCAUGCACAGAAGGAUUUCGUGAAAGCUGCCAUGUACGCCGGGGCUAUGCUGGGCAUGAUUGUCAUGGGUCCGGCAUCCGACUUUUUUGGACGCCGUUUAGGCCUCAUUCUUUGCUCCUUUAUCACGCUGCUCGGUGCAUUGCUCUCUGCUCUGGCUUGGAGUGAGAACGCACUCAUUGCAGCCCGUGUCAUCACUGGUAUUGGUAUGGGUGGUGAGUAUCCCCUGGCUUCGUCGCACUCUGCCGAAUCGUCGGACAAGACGAGCGACGGUGCUCGAAACGUCGCCCUACUGUACCUCUUCGGGAGCGGUUUUGGCCAGGCGUUGUGCCCGUUCGUGACGUACUUGAUGGAUGUCGCGGGUGUUCCGCACAAGCUUCUUUGGCGAUGGAUCUUUGGAGUGGGCGUGAUUCUCUCGGCUCUGGGCCUGGCCUUGCGGUACUUCGCCAUCCAGGACAGCCAGAAGUUCGUGGAAAGCAAGCAGGCCGAGCAGAAGCACCAUGCAAGCACAUGGAAGAUCCUGGCCCCGUACUGGCGGGCGCUUCUGGGAACAGCGGGGUGCUGGUUCCUCUUCGACAUUGUCGAGUAUGGGUUGAAGCAGAAUGAUGCGGCAAUCUUUAGCAAGAACGCCUCGGCCACGUAUACCGACAGCAUCCUCCAAGUUUUAUGGAGCCGCCUACUGGUGAUCCCUUCCUUGAUUUUUGCCCCGUGGCUCCUUACCAAGAUCUCCAGCAAAAGAGUUCAGCUCGUGGGCUUCCUGGGCUGUGCGCUGGCCAACCUCAUUUUAGCAGUUGCCUAUGAAGAGUUGCAAGACUUGUCUGGCCUCUUCUUUGCGUUCUAUAUUGCUCAGCUGUCCUUCCAGAGCCUGCCAGGGGUCACCACCAUGGCGAUCUCGGCGGAGAUCUACCCAAGCAUGGUCCGCGGCACCGGCGCCGGCAUCAGCGCCGCCUGCGGCAAGCUCGGCGCGACCGUCGGCUCCUACUUCUUUUCCGAGCUCAAGAACUUGGGGGAAAUCAGGGCGAUCUUCUGGACCGUGUUUGCCACAUCUGGUCUGGCCAUGCUACUCACGGUGCUCACUACUCCCUACUACAACGGAGAUGGGCUUGAUGAGGCAGAUGCGCUUGCCUGUGACUCAAAGCCAGGCCAGGCGGUGAAGGUGCUGUACGCCGGUCCGAAGAAUUGUGACGGGACAGAGCCAACGAAGUCGGCCAGAUACGUCUCGGAGGACUUGGCCGACGAUGCUGAGGAGAAUGUGAUGGCCUAA